CGCUCUUCUUUCCUAGUUGCAGUUUAUCGUUCCACCACCGUUCUUCCGCCAACUUCCGUUAAAUUCCGUGAAAUUUCGCGAAAUAUCUCAUACGGGUUUCGUACGCUCUGGUAUCACUCGAUUGCAAUGGACACCAACAUUUCGCCUUCCUUCCAGAAUGAAUCCAAUCUCACCGCUAUUCUCUACGGUAUCAACGAUAUUAGACUGAAAGAAACUCCGAUCGAGGAACCGGACCAGAAUGAGGUACUUAUGGAGAUGGGUUGCGUUGGAAUCUGUGGUUCCGACGUGCAUUACUUGGUAAACGGAAGAAUAGGUGACUUUGUGGUGCGUGAACCGAUGAUCAUAGGUCACGAGUCCUCGGGCGUGGUCGUGAAGCUUGGGAAGAACGUGAAAAAUUUGAAGGUGGGCGAUCGAGUGGCGAUCGAGCCCGGGGUAUCCUGUAGAGUGUGUAAAUUUUGCAAAGAAGGACGUUACAAUUUGUGCAAGGAAAUUGUGUUUUGCGCUACUCCUCCGGUACACGGUAAUUUGAGACGUUUCUACAAACACGCCGCUGACUUUUGUUUCAAAUUACCGGAUUAUGUGACACUGGCUGAAGGAGCACUGCUCGAACCGCUAUCCGUUGGCGUGCACGCGUGCAAACGUGCAAACAUUAGCAUUGGCUCGAAGGUUUUGAUCUUAGGAGCCGGCCCGAUCGGCCUGCUAUCGUUAUUGGUAGCGAAAACUAUGGGUGCCAGUCAAAUCGUUAUUACCGAUUUGUUACAAAGCAGAUUGAAUCUUGCGAAGAAACUCGGCGCCGAUGAAACGUUGUUGCUGAGAAAAGAGGACCCGGAGCCGGCAGUUGUGCAAAGAAUUCACAAGCUUUUCGGAGACGAGCCCGACAAAACGAUCGAUGCGUGUGGCGCACAGUCUACGAUUCGUCUGGCGAUUUACGCAACUAAAGCUGGCGGAGUAGCAGUUUUAGUAGGAAUGGGUCCACCCGAGGUGAAAAUUCCAUUGAUCACCGCUCUCGUAAAGGAAGUGGACAUUAGAGGAGUGUUCCGAUACGCAAACGAUUACGCUGACGCGUUAGAUCUUCUGGCGACUCGAAAGAUAGACGUGAAACCAUUGAUAACUCAUAAUUACAAGAUGGAAGAUACCGUUCAAGCCUUCGAAACUGCCAAAUCGGGGCAAAGUGACGUCGUUAAGGUGAUGAUACACUGUAACGCAAGUGACCAGAAGAAAAGUAGCUUUUCUUAACGCUUUUCGUGUGCGCUACGACGAGAGCCGGUAACUGAAAUGUUUCGCAAUGAAAUGUAAAAAUUGACCAUGUUGUAUUAUCCGAUGACUAUCUUGAACUUGUUGUAUACGUGUGGCUUAUGGGAGAUUAACCAUUUAACGCUCGCGCCGAAACGUCCGAUACGUUCGCCGCACGCCAGUUUUCUUACUCUACCCGUUCACAUUUAGAUACGAAUCGAAGCUAUAUUUUCUAUUAAAACGUAUACAUACGCA